UGGUGCAUAGCGCCUGAAUAUUAUUGAGUAGCAACUACUACAAUUGUCUUAACUGCUACAAACAGAACAAGGGCGUGCUUUAGUUUGUAGUAUUACUAAUUCAUUCCAAUUACACCUCUGUACAAAGAAACAUCUUUUUUGAUUUAUAAUCCUUUUUUCAAAGAAAAUAUAUUUGUUAACUUUCAUACUAUCCUGCAGUAACAUUGGUCCUUCGAGCCGGAUAAUAAUUGAAAUAAAUAAUUAAUUAAUUACUUCAAUCAAGGUCAGUGGAGGUUAUCGAGAAGAAAAAAGGAUUUGUAAAGGAGUGUGUCGUGAGUCGUUCCAGGAUUUAACUGCUGGCUCUGCAAACAUGUCUGAAAAAACCGAAGUAGCUGAACUUAUUAAAAAGCGCAGCAGCUAUAAGGGUCAAGUUACCAUUUUCAACGGGUUUUUAUCUUCAUUUGAAUCGCCAUCACCUCCCGAUGAAAGGGAUUAUGAGGAGUUGGAGUUGCGCAUUAAGAGGUUUGAUGCAUUGUAUAAUAAGUUCGAUGAGGUGCAAACACGAUUGGAAUGUUUACAGGAUGAUGAGAGUCAGGUGUUUGGGGAGCGUGAGGAAUUUGGAAAUAGAUAUUAUAAGGCAUUAAGUAAUGCUCAGAAAAUUCUUUCAAAUUAUAAAAAAUCUCACAUUCCUCUUCCAUCUGAUGGCGAAGGUAGUGUCAUACAUAGUGUUAAACUGAAUCCUGUCAAAUUGCCCACGAUCCAAAUACCGAAAUUUAACGGUUUAUUUAACGAGUGGAUCGGGUUUAGGGAUACGUUUAUGAGCCUAAUUCACACCAACAACGACCUAGACGAUAUUAACAAAUUCCAUUAUUUGAAGUCGUCUCUAGAGGGCAGCGCUGCUUUGGUAGUAUCUUCCGUUGAGCUCUCAGGAAAGAAUUAUAGCGUAGCUUGGACAUUACUGUGUGACAGAUUCGAUAAUAAAAACUUAUUAAUCCAACAUCAUGUUGCUGCACUAUUUAAAAUUGAAACUGUCACACGGGAGACAGCAUGUAAUUUAAAGGGUAUCGUUGACCAAUUAAAUAAAAAUCUAAGGGCCUUAGAUACAUUGGGCGAAUCCACUAAACAUUGGGAUACUUUAUUAGUUUACCUAAUAAGUCAAAAGUUAGACACAAAAUCAUUCCGAGAAUGGGAGGAAUAUAAAGGCCGGCUACCCACCGACACACGUAUUGAACUUUUACACUUAUUAGAUUUCUUACGUGUUCGCAUUACUUUAUUAGAUUCAGUUGAACACAACACAAAUUCAAAAAUUAAACCCAGUCACAAAAUUAUGACGUUACAGACUAAUAAUAUUAACAUUAAAGAGAUUUGUCCUAAAUGUGAUGGCGAGCAUAAACUGAAUACGUGUUCUCAGUUUUUAGCCUUAAAUAACGAAGAGCGUCUUCAAUUAUUGCCAACAUUUAAGGUUUGUUUUAAUUGUUUCUCUAAAUCUCAUUUCUCAAAUAAUUGCAAAAAAUCAGGUUGCAAAAUAUGUAAGAAAAAACAUUCAGUUUUAGUUCACGUCGCAGAUAAGCAGAAGCUGUUAGUGCGUGGUGAGGGUAUUGGUUCUAAUGCUACUCCCGCCACCAGUAAUCCGAAUAACUUGACAUUAUCAACCAGCGUUUCUUCUGCCGGUCAAGACAAUAAUUGUCGCCGCGGAAAUUUGGUUUUAUUAUCCACUGCGCUAGUCAAGUUAUACGAUUCAAACAAUCGCGAACACGUUGUUCGUGUUGUAUUAGAUUCUGGUAGCACAUCUAGCCUUUUAUCGUACAGGAUGUUUCAACAGUUAAAUCUGUCGUAUAAUAAAAUAAGUCAAUCCGUUCAGGGUAUUAAUAAUGCAAUUACCCAAAUCGAUAAAAUGUGUAAUCUGCGUUUUAAGUCAUUGGAUGACUCAUUUACGUGUAACAUUAAUUGUUUUAUUUUACCAUCGUUAACUGAUAGUGUACCAAACAGUACAGUUAAUAUCUUAAAUUUAAAUAUUCCUACGAAUAUUUGUUUAGCGGAUCCUCAUUUUUAUAAACCCGCGUCCAUCGACCUUAUAUUAGGCGCUGAUGUCUUUUGGGAUAUAGUAGGAAACCAAAGAAUUAAGUUAGGUGAUAAUAAACCUACUCUUUGUGAAACAAGGUUAGGUUGGAUAGUUUCUGGUCCAAUUUGUGAUACGGUUUUAUUUUCAACUUGUCCACCUAAUCGUAUUCAGUGCAAUUUUGUUCAUAAAAAUUUAAUUGAUGAUGAUAUUAAUUCUAAUCAUCAAAUUCAAAAUCAACUUAUAAAAUUUUGGCAAUUAGAAGAAAUAAUAAGUUCAACUUGUUCUGGUUAUUCAUAUGAACAAAGGACAUGUGAAGAACAUUUUGUCAGAAAUACUAUUCGCUUGUCUGAUGGUCGUUUUUGUGUUAGAAUUCCUCUAAAAGAAAGUCCCACUAUCUUAGGUGAUUCAUUUCAACGAGUGAAACAAUGUUUUUACUCAUUAGAACGUAGACUUCGGACAAACCCACAACUUUAUAAUAUGUAUCGCGAUUUCAUGACUGAAUACGAAUCGUUGGGUCAUAUGACAGAAUGUGGGAUAAAAUAUGCAUUUUUAUUCAAAUUAACCUCACGUUCAAUCGUGUAA